CUUCAUUACUGUUGGCUUCACGGGUGACAGAACAACGCGCGCUAGCUAGCAAUAGGCAUUAUAUGACAAAAUGUCUAAAUUGGAGUUGUUGAGAGUGAUUUUUAACCAACGAUGUACAGGCGCUGCAGAUGCCAUAUUCAGAGCCGUUGCAAAAACGAUAUCAGAGUACCAGGACAACGUUUAUCUAUCGAAAGAGGACAACGGCCGUCUACAGGGACUGCUUGACGUCAUCCUGAAACCUGAGAUAAAGUUGUAUAGAGCAGAUUUUGAGCAGUUCAUUGUCUCUGAAGUGGAGUUUCCCCCUGAGCAGCAGCACUUUGAACAAGAGUGGAGCCCCGAUCUGGGGCAAGAUGACUGGAACCCCAUACAGAUUAAAGAGGAACAGGAGGAAUUCAGUAUCAUCCAGGAGGAGGAAGACUCUGUAUUCACUCCUGCCUGGGUGAAAAGUGAGUAUGAUCAGUACUCAACUCAGUCCUCACAAACUCAUAGUGAAGAGUACAAAGACAGAACAAAACCUAAGGAAGUGGAUUCUUCAAAGCCAACCAGUGGCUCUCGGCCCCAGCCCAAAUCUAGGAGGACACAGACCGAAAAGGGAAAAAGCUUUAUCAGCUCCAAGGGUACAAAAUCAAUGGAUCUGAAAUCACCAGUGCAAAGGAGGCGUCACACAGAAGAUAAAACAUUUUGCUGUAGUGAUUGUGGUGAACGUUUCACUCAGAUGGGAAAACUGAAUUCUCAUAGGAUCAUGAUACACUCCGUAGGUAAUCACUUUCGCUGUGAUGAAUGUGGCAAAUGUUUUGCUCAGUGGGGAUAUCUGGAUUCUCAUAUGAGGAUUCACACAAGGGUGAAUUGUGGAAAAGUACUCACUCAGUCUGACCGCUUCAAACCCUCCUUGACCACUUUGAAGGAUCGCACAGGAGAGAAACUUUAUUGCUGUGGUGAAUGUGGCAAAUAUUUUUCUAACACUGGGUCCCUGAAUUAUCAUAGGAGGUCGCACACAGAGAAGAAAUCGCAUCGCUGCCAUGAUUGUGGCAAAUGUUUUUAUACAUUUAUAGAUCUGAAUAUUCACAGGAGGAUUCACACAGGGGAGAAACCAUAUCGCUGCCAGUUCUGUGGAAAAUGUUAUAAUCAGCAGACUUCUCUAAGUUAUCACAUGAGGAAUCACACAGAGACAUCUUGUAACUGUCAUUAUUGUGGCAAAUAUAUUCGUCAUAAAGGUAAUCUGACAGCGCAUAUGAGGAUUCACACGAGGAAAAUCAGAUAAUUGUUUCUAUAUUAGCAGAUCUUUAAACACUGGCGGUCACAAGUGCAUAUGAGGAUAAUCAGAUGAGCAGUAAACUAUUUUGCUGUCAGGAUUGUUGUAAAUGGUUCACUCAUUCCAAUCUGAAUCGUCUGAGGAGACAGAGGGGAGGAACCACAUUAAUACCAUGACUGGCAAAUCUUUCACAACUGCCUUUUGACACUGCGUAUGAGACAUUCACACAUUUCACGUUUUCUGUAGAAAAUGCUUUAGUGCCAGAAGUGCAUUGAAUAGUCAUCUGAGAAGGGGUCACCUGAGGACACACUUGAUUGACCUUUACUCUGGUAGCCCUGAAGCCUGAUCUCUAUUGAAAUCAAAUUUUAUUGGUCAUGUACACAUAUUUAUCGGAUGUUCUUGCUGUUGUAGCAAAAUGUUUGUGUUCCUAGCUCCAACAGUGUGGUAGUAUCUAACAAUUCAAGAAAUGCCUUGUAAGAAACAAAGGAUCCAAUUCGGGAAAGUUGUAUUACUGUUCGUAAUGCUGGUGAGUUACCGCCGCUCUGAUAUCCAAAAGUACUUUCCGGCUGUAUGUAAUAACACACAAAAGAAUUCUGGGCUAAUAAUGUAAGAAAUAACACACACAAAAAAAUACUGCCAAGUUGCUUAGCUAGAAGCAAAGCUUCCAUGUCUGUCGGCACCAUCAAUGCAUAACUAUAAAAGGCCAUAAUCAGGACAUAUUCUGCUUAACCUGUCAUUUUCCAUUCUGUAUUGGCUGUAACUUUCAUUAAGUGUGAAGUUGUAUUUUUCCACUGAGAUCAGAACUUGUAUGGUUAAUUGUGUAGCCCGUCUCUUCCAGAAACAAUUUUGUGUGCUUCAUUGUUCAAUAUCACCCAUCGUCUAUAAUGAUGCAUGCAUGUCUCGUUCAGAAUUAAUACUCUUGUCACUCAGAAGAAUAAUUUGCCUUCGAGCCAUUUGCCAUUUUAGCAGUUGUAUCUUGAAGAGGUUGCUGACUUUGCAGAGCGAUCGCACAGUAGGCCUACUGUUUGCAACAUGAAAUACUUUUUCUGAACUUGAUGACCGCCAACUGACUUUCUCUUUUCACACAGAAAUCUUCAUUGGAGCUUUCAAGGCCAUGAUACACUUGGAAUUUGUUGAGGUAAUGUUGCUACUAUAUCAUGGGCUUAAGAGUACACAUGGAGAGAAACAUGACUGUGUCCUGUGUGGGGGAAGGCCAUCACAGAAGAUUGAGGCACAUUUUGUAACUUCCACCUGUUGAGUGGAGACACGCCACAGUUGUUAAUUUAAAAGUCAUCCAGUUUUUCAGAAGUAUCUGAUUACAAUAUGUUUGCUGGUAAUGUAACUGAUUAGUUGCAUAAAGAGAGAAUCAGAAUCAGCAAGUAAACAAAACAACAUAAGGACAGACUAACCAUUUGAAGUGAACUAGACAGGAAAUAAAAGCUACAACAGUAAA